CUUCAACCCCCAACCAGGCCCAAAAUUCCCCUCUCAUCCACCACGACCUAAUAUCCUGUGUUCAGGUUCUCUCAUCUCACAUUCACAAUGGCUGACCCCCGCGUUGAAGAGCUCCCUAACGAGGAGGAGCCCAAGACCACCGUCGAGGAUGCUGGCAGCAGCUCUGAGUCCGAGGCCGGCGACGAGCCCAACAUCCCCGCCGGCGCCGCCGUCACCGUUCACUCUCGCAACGAGAAGAAGGCCCGGAAAGCCAUUGGCAAGCUCGGUCUGAAGCACGUCCCCGGUAUCACCCGUGUCACUCUCCGCCGCCCCAAGAACAUCCUCUUCGUCAUCAACCAGCCCGACGUCUACCGUUCCCCCUCCAGCAACACCUGGAUCAUCUUCGGUGAGGCCAAGAUCGAGGACCUGAACUCCCAGGCCCAGGCCUCCGCUGCCCAGCAGCUGGCCGCCGCCGAGGCUUCCCAGGGCGAGCACGCCGGUCACGACCACGACCACGACCACGACCACGGCAAGGGCAAGGCCCCCGAGGUCGAGGCCAAGAAGGAGGAUGAGGAGGAUGACGGCGAGGAGGUCGACGAGGGUGGUCUGGAGGCCAAGGACAUCGAGCUGGUCAUGGCCCAGGCCAACGUGUCCCGCAAGAAGGCCGUCAAGGCGCUGCGGGAGAACGACAACGACAUCGUGAACUCGAUCAUGGCUCUCAGCAUAUAAUAUCUCAAAUAACCCGGUUUGGACGGUGAUUUGUACGCGAUCCGGGGUUGUCGGUCUCUCUCUAGCCUGCUGGCAGGAUGGACUUUGGGGUUGCAGUCACCUCUGGCAGAAACCCGUCGUGUAAAUCAUUGAAAAAAUAGUAUGCGAGAAUCAAGAAGCCUGAAUGUUCA